AAUUCUUUGUGUAAGUAGAAGUGUCAUUUUAUUUUCAAUAUUUCUCAGAUGAAUCGACAAAAAUUUUCGUAAACAUACCUAAGACUUUGAAGAAUUCAAAUACUUCCAAAAAUGGAUAUUGAUAAUGCUGGUUCUGAAGAGACUGUAAGUGGAAAUGGAGGAGUAGACAUAGAACAAUCCUUCCUUCAACAAUUUAGUUGUAUGGGUACUACAGACAAAGAUGAACUAGUUCAACAACUACAAAAGCUUCUUGGAAGUCACUUGAAUUAUGCCACUGCUACUUUCUUUUUGGAUAUGAACAACUGGAAUCUUCAAGCUGCGAUCUGCUCAUAUUUAGAUAUAGAGACACCCACUCAAUUGCCGUCCAUGGCUUUAGUUUCUGACCCUAUUGCUAAUGAAACAGAGAGCAUAGAACCAAAUGUAAGUUUUCAGAAAACCUGGCAUAUCUGCAAUAAUGGAAAUGAAAAAUGGCCUCCCCACUGUUAUGCUCAAUGUUCAGAUGGUGAUAAUUUAGGCGGAGAUAGAGUUUCAGUACCAUGCUUGAAUCCGGGGGAAGGAAUGCAUUUGAGUGUUUUUAUGACUGGACCUUCUGUACCUGGUAUAUAUCAAAGUAAAUGGAGGAUGUGUACUCCCAAAGGUGCUUAUUUCGGAGAUCCUAUGUGGGCAAUAGUUACAGUUGUAGAAGAAGGUACUAUCGCCCUUACAAAUCAACUAUCACAUUUUAAGGAAUUGGGAGCAAUACCUCCAUCAGUGAAUUCGCACAACCCUUUUGUCCCCCAAAGAUUACACCUAGGAAACAAUCAAGUAAGAUAUUUUCUUAUAUAA